AUGGCAGGCGGCGGCGCACCAAUUAGCUCUUCAGUACCAUCGCCCUUGGGGCCGGGUUGGGGAUAUGGCGUCGUUCUUGGUCUUGGAUUCCUGUUUGCUCUUGGCAUGGUCUUCACCACAUGGGUGCUCAAGCGAUACAACAAUGAAUUGCAAACCUCGGAGAUGUUCUCAACGGCUGGUCGCACGGUCAAGUCUGGUCUCGUAGCCAGUGCUGUCGUUUCGUCCUGGACUUGGGCUGCUACACUUUUGCAGAGUACUUCUGUCGCUUUCCGCUAUGGUGUAUCUGGACCCCUCUGGUACGCUGCUGGCGCCACCGUUCAGAUUUUGCUCUUUGCAACCGUUGCGAUUGAACUGAAAAGACGAGCGCCAAAUGCCCAUACAUUCCUCGAAGCAGUUCGUGCUCGCUAUGGAAAGGCCACCCACUUCGUCUACAUCACUUUCGGCCUCUUCACCAACAUCUUAGUCACAGCAAUGCUGCUGACCGGCGGAUCGGCAGUCAUAAACUUCCUAACUGGCAUUCCCACCGCAGCGGCGUGCUUUUUGCUGCCAUUGGGUGUCGUUGUCUACACCAUGUUUGGUGGAAUCAAGGCUACCUUCCUGACUGAUUAUGUCCACACGGUUAUUCUACUCGUUAUCAUUUUGAUCUUCGCUUUUACUACAUACGCCACUGGUGAUAGGCUAGGCUCACCAAAGGCUGUCUACGAUCGUCUGCAUGAUCUUGCGGCUAUUUCUCCGGUUCCGGGUAACGCUGGUGGAAGCUAUCUGACCAUGAGGAGCAAAGACGGUGCGAUCUUCUUUGUGAUCAACAUUGUGGGAAACUUCGGCACUGUUUUUAUGGAUAACGGAUACUACAACAAGGCUAUUGCUGCUUCCCCAGUGCAUGCGCUCCCCGGGUACAUUAUUGGAGGUAUCAGCUGGUUCGCGAUUCCCUGGCUUUGCGCGACUACUAUGGGUCUCGCUGCCCUGGCCCUUCAGGGAACCGAGUACUUCCCGACUUACCCCAACGUCAUGGACGAAGCGGCUGUUAGCGCAGGUCUCACGCUUCCGUAUGCCGCUGUUGCUCUCCUCGGAUCAGGAGGUGCUGUCGCAACCCUCUUAAUCGUGUUCAUGGCUGUCACCAGUGCGUUCUCAGCACAACUCAUUGCCGUUUCAUCCAUCCUUACAUACGAUAUCUAUGGAACAUACAUCAACACCCAGGCGAGCGGCAGGCGUCUCGUGUACACCUCACACGUAUGCGUGUGUGGUUUUGGAUUGGUCAUGGCGGCUUUCUCCACCGGGUUGCACUACGCAGGCAUUAGCAUGGGUUGGCUAUACGUUUUUAUGGGUGUCAUUAUCUCGUCUGCCGUUCUUCCGGCCACCCUCACUCUAAUGUGGAAGGGUCAGAACUUCUGGGCUGCGACUCUCAGCCCCGUCCUAGGCCUUUGCUGCAGUAUCACAGCGUGGUUGGUCACAACUUCGAAGCUGAACGACGGUGUCAUUACCGUUGCGACCGCUGGCGCCAAUAACCCCAUGUUGGCUGGAAAUGUCGUGGCUCUGCUUUCUCCUGUCGUUUUUAUCCCUGUCCUCACCUUGAUCUUUGGGGUUGACAAUUAUGACUGGGUCUCCAUGAAGAAAAUCCGCCUGGUCGACGACUCCGAUGUCACCGCAGCCGCGCAUAUGGACAUCGAAGCUGUCCACGGUCGCCACGCCGCCCUCUCGCCCGAAGCAGAGGCCGCCGAACAAGCCAAGCUCCUCCGUGCCUCCAAGAUUGCCAAGAUCACCACCGCUACCAUGACUCUCGUCCUGCUCGUGCUCUGGCCAAUGCCGCUCUAUGGCACUGGAUACAUCUUCAGCGCGUCGUUCUUCUCCGGCUGGGUUGUUGUUGGUAUAAUUUGGUUGCUGGGUUCGACUAUGGCUGUUGGUGUGUAUCCACUGUGGGAGGGCAGAGAAAGCUUGGCUAGGAACUUUGGUGGUAUGUGGCGCGAUAUUACUGGCAAGGGCCGUCGACGUCCAGGGGCCAUCACAGUGGUCGAGGGAGAGAAAGGUGCUGGCUCGGGCACGCACACGCCUAAGGAGGCUGAUUUUAAGGCUAUGGAGGAGAAGUAG